UAGAGAAAAUACUUGCCUAACUGCUUUGCCUUCAGGUCCCCAUGGUCAGUGUGUUAACAUUGGUGUAAAGCAUUUCAUGUCAUAGGAUAGUAAAAUAUAAACUUUGAAAUAUGCAACAUAUUAGCUUGAAGAAAAUUUUGAGAAAGUUUGGACCAGGGCCAGUGACCCACGCUUUCAAAGGAGCCGUGGUUGUCGGUGCUUCCAGAGGGAUUGGACGUCAGAUUGCAAUCACAAUUGCUUGUGAGGGCUACCAGGUAGUCGCAGCAGCAAGGACUAUGGGCAGUGAUCCCACCAUUCCAGGAUCUCUUGUUGAGGUUUCAAACACCGCUUUAGAGCAACAUCAGAGUCUUGUUACCCCAGUUCACUGUGACGUGGGAAAACUUCAGGAUAUUCAGACGUUGGUGAACUGCGCUGUGAGAGAUUUCAAGGGUUUGGACUUGGUUGUUUACAAUGCUGGGUCUAUACUGUGGGACAAUGUAAGGGAUAUACAAAUCAAAGAUGCUGAUUGGACUAAGGAUGUUUAUGUACAGGGUGCUAAAAACGUGAUAGAUUGUGCUCUGCCACAUUUACAGAAGAGGGAAGGGGGAAGGAUUGUAUUGGUUGCACCUCCUAUUAAUUCCAGAUACUACAUUGGCCAGACUCCAUAUGCUGUGGGCAGGUAUGGGAUGACUAGUCUAAUGCAGGCCUAUGCAGAACAGUUAAAAGGAACAGAAAUAAGUGUAACCUCAGUGUGGCCAGCAACAGUGACUGAAAAUCCUGUGUCAGUAAUGAAGGGUGUGGACCCCAAGUUGAUGAGAAAAGAUUCCCUAUUGGCAAAAGCUGUUACUCAUAUAGCAAUGGAGGAAACAGAUAGUUUAAAUGGCCAAGCACUUAUUGACGAAGAUUACCUUCGCUCACUGGGAGAGAACGACUUCUCAGAGUUUCGCUGUGAUUCUGACAAUGAGCCUCCACGCAUGGUGCCAAAGGAUGACUUAGAUCUGUCUGGUGGUGUAGUGCUAGCUGAUUUGAAAGAAAGCUCAGGAGAAGGCCAAAGCAAAAUGGCAGCAUCGAAACUGAGAACAGCGUUAGUUAUUGGAGCCUCCAGAGGAAUAGGGCGCCAGAUUGCUCUGACUCUGGCAAAAAACAACUUUCAAGUUGGAGUAGCAGCAAAAACUGUUGUAGACAACCCUCUUAAGCUAUCUGGAACAAUUAUGGAAGUAUCCCAGACAAUUAAAGAAAUUGAUGGCUUUGCAGUUCCUAUAAAGUGUAAUGUAAGGGAUGAAAAAGAAAUAGAAGUUGCGGUAGAUACUUGUCUGCAAGUGUACAAUGGAUUGGAUUUAGUUGUUUAUAAUGCAGGGGCAAUAAUGUGGAAUAAAGUUGUUGAAACACCGCUGAAGAAAUUUGACUUGAUGAUGGAUGUGAAUGCCAGAGGGGCGUAUGCUACUAUACAGAAAGUACUCCCAUACAUGUUGGAGAAGAAACGCGGGAAGAUAAUUUUGGUGUCACCUCCAAUUUACAGCAGGUUCUUCAAAGGUAAAACCCCGUAUGCAGUGGGCAAGGUUGGUAUGACAGUCCUCACCCAUGGUCUGGCAGAGGAGCUGAAGGGAACAGGUGUGAGCAUCACUUCCCUAUGGCCAGCCACAGUUAUAGAGAGCCAAGUGACAGUGGUGAAGAAUGUGGAGCCAAGAUAUAUGAGGAAGUCCACCAUAUUUGCUGAUGCUGUUCUUAGUAUUGCCAAUGAAGAAAGUGAAAGACUGAAUGGCCAAGCUCUUAUUGACGAGGACUACUUGCGUUCAGUUGGUGUAACCGAUUUUGUCCAGUAUCGCUGUGAUCCAGACCAUGAGCCUCCUCGCAUGAUGCCAAAGACAUUUCCAUCUCUUCUUGUAGAGGAGGAAGACCAGAACUUGAACAACAUUAUGGGACCAAAGUUAUAGAUUGUACAUUUCUCUGCUUUCAAGGAUCAUUACAUGUAUCUUUUGAUUUUAAAACCUAAGGUUCUGACAGUCU